GAUGUCAGAGCCCACGGCCCAACAACAGCAGUCGCAGAAUGGCAAGGAGCGUUCCAAAUCCACUGAGGAGAAGGAGGUGCCCCGCGAGCCGGCUCUCGUUUGUAAAGACAUCAAUAUUAAGACUGAAUUAGAGUGCCUGGUGAAGCUGCUCGAUGGCAAGAUCUACAAAGAGGAGGAGGUGGCCAUGGAGGAGCUGCAUCAGUAUUUGAUCGAGGAUGACGGCUCUUGGGCGUUGGGCGACAACUUUCUGGUGUUUGUGCAGCGAGUGCUGCGCGAUGUGCAAGCCUUCUCACCGGACACACGUAUUCACAUGAUUCGCACAUUGGCCUACGCCGCUCUUAAGGACGAUGUGAUCAUUAUUCUGCAUCAGGACCGCAGGGAUCACACGCUGAUGAACUAUGCACAGGACAUUGACAAGCAGACACCCGAGGAGCAGCAGGCCUGGGCCAUGUUCACCUGCAAUCUCUUCGAAAAUGUGGGACCCUCGGAGUGGCUGCUGUACAUUUCGGAGUGGGAAUACAAUGGUCAGACCAUCUCGAACAUACGCGUCACAACCAAGGUGGCUGUGCACUGCAUCCUCUCGAAUUGCCCGCAGCUGAAGAACAUUGGUUCGAUGAUCCUCUACAACAUUGCGAUCAAGGAAGUCAAGACUGUGGUGUUCGAUGAUGUUGCCGUGGAGCUGGCUAUGGCCAUACUGCAGUUUUUCCAGAGCAGUCCCAAUGAGGAACAGAUCUUCCGCACACUGAAGGCACUGGCCCGAUUCCUCGAGGUCUCGCCAGACGUGCAGAUGAUUAUUCAAAUGAUUGGACCGCAUCCAAAACAAUUCACUGGCAAGAGCGAGCGCGUCGACGAGCUGAUAAAGAUCAUCUCCCGCAAGGUGCCCGCCUAAGAGAGGCGCAGCGAGUGUGCGAGGGAAACAUGUAGAUAUUUAAGAGGAUAACAAUCAUAGGCAUACACCAUGUAGAUCUUUCAUUUUUGUAAAGCAUUUUCGCUACACAAUAAACAUACAACUAUUCUUUA